AUGUCUCAUGCCUGGCGUCCCGGUCUCUCCACGAUAGUCGCUCCAGGCGGUGCUGGACGUAGCUCGCGCUCGAGGUCCCGCCGCCAGGAAAAGAACAUUCCCCAGUUUUUGACUCAGACCACCACCGAGAUACGACGCAAGUUCCACGAAGUCGAGAACCUCCAGAACGAACGUUUACACCAGAGCCUGCACAACCCCGAGGACACGCGAUGGAAGAUCGAUGAUUCGCACGAGGUGCGCAUGCGCAACCGGUACUCGAACGUCUCGCCUUGGGAGAGCAAUCGAGUUCGUCUCGACGUUCCUGAAGGACACUGCGACUACAUCAAUGCUUCCCCGAUCGUGCUUAAGAGUCGCAAGGAUGGGUCGGAGAAACGGUACAUCGCAACACAGGGACCUAAGGAAGCAAACUUAAGUCACUUUUGGCGGAUGAUCUGGCAGGAAACCACCGAUGUGGCGGUGAUCGUGAUGCUCACAAAGACCUUCGAGCUCGGACGGGAUAAAUGUUUCCAGUACUUUCCCGAUUCGGAUCCCGAGCCGUGGGUGAUCAAGGAUGAGGGCGAGUUCGACGACGGAUUCGAGGCGACCAUCACUCUGUUGGAGAAGAAGAAGGAUUUUCGGAGCUUGUGCACCGUAAGGAAGCUGCUCAUGAAGGUGGGAGAUAAGAGUAAGAUCGUCUGGCAUCUGCUCUUCAAGGGCUGGCCGGACUAUAACGUCCCCGAGGGCGAGGAUAAGAGUGCGCUGUUGGAGUUGAUCAAAUUGGCGAACGAGAAGAAUACCGGGCCAGAUAACCCCCUGAUCGUUCAUUGCAGUGCUGGCGUCGGACGCUCGGGCACAUUUAUCACGCUCGACCAUUUCAUCCGCGACAUCGAUGCCGGAGCCAUCCCCAUCACCGAACGCGAGGACCUCAUCUUCGAGACCGUGAACGAGUUGCGAGAGCAGCGGAUGUACAUGGUGCAGAGUGAGGUGCAGUUCCAGUUUAUCUACACUGCGCUCAAGGAGCGCUUUAUGCGGAGGGCGAAGUCGUCAUCACCACCCACGGUCCACGAGGAGUUGCGGGAAGAAGAGACACACCAUAGCGCAUAG